CCAAGAUUCUCGUAGCUUUUCUUUUCCGUGUCCAUCUUUUCAUCUUGUCGUGCACAAUCUCGACAGACGCCACGCUAACUCUCAUUCGAAAAGAGAAGGCCAUAUCUAUCUGUUUUUUGCGCAUCUAGAAUCUGAGGACUCUCCGGCCUUUGCCACGCCCUCUGCCACUUUGUUUGCCGAUCGUCGGAUCCCUGCCCCGGAUAUCCCAUCAUCGCCAGAAACAGACCUUCGACUUUCUUGCUGAUUGUCUCGUCGAUUCCUCGAUCGCGUACAGCCCCAAACCCCCGCCCUUUACGGGCAUUUAUCCACUGGAGCACGCUCCUGUAUCGGCAUUUAGGCCUUGGUCGUCGCGAUGAGCGCCGAACCGCCGGCUUCGUCGAGAGGAGUUCGUUUCAGCGAAGCCCCCCCGACGCCGCCGCAGGACACCACGUCUUCGUCUGUUGAAUUAAAUCAGGACGACAGCAUUGCUGGCUCACCAGGUCUCAAGACUUCGACACCCCCGGACUUGGCAAGAAAAGAGUCUUCAGGGUCGGCAAGCUCGCAGGGAUCAGACCUUCAUCAGAGUUCGGACGAUGACAAUGAUGGGCAGAUUCUGAACUUCACACCUGCUGUUGCAACCACUCCCCUGGAUGAAGUCCCGCCUUUGACUUGGUCUUCACAGCCUCAAGGACGAGGGAGGGGUGGAAGCGCGGGCUCGAGUGCUCUCCAUCCAGACUCGACCGCGCAACCAGCGACCAUGACGAAUAGUAUCAACGGUCGUUCGCCGCGACCAACUGCCGUGAGAACGCCCUCGAAUGCGUACGCGCCAAACAAUGCUCGAAGGCCUACCCAAUACUCGCUUAAUUCCACGGGAAGACAUCGAACCAACUCUAUGACUCGUAAUCGCCGCAAUCCCAACGCGGACUAUAGAGCCCAGGAGAAGGCGUAUGUGCAGCGCAUACGGCAGGACGUACCCGAUCCGGAUGACUAUUUUGAUAAUGAACUACGCACCCCUAGCUUAGACUUUAGCGACACAACAAGCUCAGACGGAGAAUCUCCCAAUACCACAGACUAUAUCGAUGAUUCGUUUGACCAGGAGACGUUGCUAUGGCAGGACAACGAUAAUAUCACGCCUUCUGUGGAAGAGCUGAAGAUUCCGGAAAAUAGGGAGCGACUCGAAUGGCACUCAAUGCUCGCUAGUGUUCUUACUGGCGACGUUGUUAAACAAGAGAAGAAACGUCUUAUUGGCAGCAGUGACCAGUCCGCUGAUGAAACCAUGAAGAGCGAGAUCUGGGUGGGAAUACGGGCGAGAUGCUGUGGCCGCAUGCUUCAGACUCAGAGGCGUAUUGUCGAAGAGGGGCGUGCAAAGGCGAACACCACUAUCGACAAGAUCAUCAAUUUUGAAAUCAGAGGAGAAGCAGAGGCUGGCCAGACGGCUGCCGAGCAAGUCCAUGCAAUUGUGAAGGAACUGGAGACCCUGGAAUAUCUCUAUCCAACACGGGCGCAGUUCGAGGCUGCUCAUACUCGUGCAGCACAAGACAAUUUCAAGGACGCAUGUGAUGCUAUUAUAGCGUGGUAUAACGCUAAUGAGAUGAUCAAUACUGAACUGACGGUGUUGCGAAAAUGGGUUGGCAACGAUGAGCUUGAUUUUUCGAAACCCAAUCAGCGCCAUGAAAAUGACAGAUUGUCUGACGAGUCGACGUUUAUCGAGCGAUUAUUAAAAGAAGACGGCCUGAAGUCGCUACAAGGCGAGAGGAGUCUACUCUUAAGUUUGAAUAAUGUCAUUCUCAAAGCCAAGGAAACCUAUAUCGAGAAUGCUUCACGCUUCGCCACGAGACACCUGCCUCCAUACAUCGAAGAGUUGCAGAUACUAAUCAAUUUCCCAUCGCGGCUCGUUCAAGAAAUCAUUAAAUUACGUUUGUCGUACGCGAAGAAAAUGAAAGACCCGUCACAGCAAGGUCUGAUGAUGACGGAGCAGAUGAUUGACCAGUUCAAGAUCUUACUGAAUCUUGCUGUGCGAAUUCGAGAGGCAUACAACAUCAUCUCGCAACCGGAGCAUGGCUGGGACCCACCAGAAUGUAUUGAGGAAAACUUCGACGCUACGGUGCUUGAAGCACUGAGGUUCUAUUUCAAGUUGUUGAAUUGGAAGCUUAGUUCGAAUAAGAACGCGUUCAAGGAAGCCGAAAUAUUGGAGCAAGAAUGGGAUUUCUCUAAUAAGCUAGGCAGGCACCUGGAAGGCGGUGAUGUCGAGGUUGCGGAGCAGUUCUGCUCUUUGACCUCAAAGUCACUUUGGCGGCUGAGUCAAGCCUUCGAACGUGAACUUGGUCGCCGACCUGAUGAAGUUGCUGGCGCAGAAAUGGACAGAAGAUAUAAGAGCAUCCUCGAUUCUGUACGCAUUCGUCAGCGAAAAUUGUUUCGUUUCUCCAGGCUGCUCACCCAGCGAUUUGAAAAUUGCGCCGAGUAUAAUAUCAAUCUUGAACCCACGCAGCUCCUCGAGUUCUACGAUACGUUGGUGUAUUCUGGGCACUUUUUGGUAGUAACUCAGAAUAUGGAUUCUAACACAUACAUCAUCGCUUGUCCUGCAUUGGCAAACCGGCCGAAUGAAAUUCAGUCGUUACUCGGCUCAUGUUACCAUGCCGAAGAUAAUCCAGAGGAUCCCUCAAACCCUUACGUUCUGAUUCUGCGACCAGAGGAGCCACUUGUGUGGGCCGGCCAGCGGUUUGAAGCCCCAAAUAUACGUCAGCCCUCUCUUGAAUUACAAGUUAGUAGGAUGCGUCUGGUGGCCGAUGGCUCACAGCAACGCCUAGCAAAUGCAAAGGUUGCUUUCCAGCACGUCACCGGAUUGGAUCUAACUGUCCUCAAUGAGCAACGUGCCAACCUGCCACGGGUCAAUUUUGAGCUGAAGAAGAUCAAAAGAACGGCGUUCAAACUCUCGAACACAAUAAUGGAAAGCGUCGAGAUCAUUAGGAAACAGACUGCUGGCUUGGAAUGCCAGGAACUUAUUCAGACAUGUUUUGCUUUUGCUACAGAAUUUGGUCAACGCUCUCUGCUCUACAUGGACCCGAAUCGUCGUGCUAUGAACAACAUGAAGUUAAUGAAACUUGCGUUGGACUGGGUCAGUUUUAUUUGCGACGACUGCGUGGCUUCCGAUCGCAAAACUUUUCGAUGGGCUGUCGUAGCUCUUGAGUUUGCUAUGUUGAUGACCCGGGGGCAGAACAUUCUGUCCAUCAGCAAUGAAGAGUAUGGGAAGCUGCGUGCUAAGGUAGCCGGCUGCAUGUCACUUCUGAUUUCGCACUUCGAUAUCAUGGGUGCCCGAUCCACAAUGGCUGCACAGGCCGAAAAGGCUAGGCUUGACGCGGUAUCAGGUAGAAACAGACCUGAUUUAAGUAUGAUGAAGGAUGACGAGGAAUCUUGCAGAAUCGUGCAGGAGCAAUGGGCAGAGCAGCUCGCUGAGAUUGAUCAAAUGAGGAUUCAACGCGAAUCAGAAAUCAAGGCCUUAGGUCGUGUGCUGGAGGAGUCAAACGAAGCUGAUCGAGCUUUGACGUACCUGUCUUCCUCAGCUACAAACGUCACACUGCGAUGGCAACAAGGCCAUUAUGUUGGCGGUGGCACGUUUGGAUCUGUUUAUGCAGCGCUUAAUCUUGAUUCUGGUCAGAUGAUGGCUGUGAAGGAGAUUCGUCUGCAGGACCCGCAACUCAUUCCUACCAUCGUUUCACAGAUCAGAGAUGAGAUGGGCGUCUUGCAAGUGCUCGACCAUCCCAACAUUGUUCAAUACUACGGUAUCGAGCCCCACCGAGAUAAAGUUUACAUUUUUAUGGAAUAUUGCGAUGGUGGUUCGCUGGCUGGACUCCUUGAACAUGGUCGCAUUGAAGAUGAAACCGUUAUCAUGGUCUACGCUUUGCAAAUGUUGGAAGGUCUUGCGUACCUGCACGAGCGUCGCGUCAUGCAUAGGGAUAUUAAGCCUGAGAAUAUUCUCCUUGACCAUGACGGCGUCAUCAAGUUCGUGGACUUUGGCGCUGCAAAAGUAAUUGCAAGACAAGGCAAGACUCUCGCAGCUGAACACGCAGGGGCAAGACAAGGUCAUCAGAACAGCUUGCCUGCUGGCACUCCCAUGUAUAUGUCCCCCGAAGUGAUUCGCGGGCACGCAACCGGCCGCCUUGGUGCUGUGGAUAUUUGGUCGCUAGGCUGCGUGAUUCUCGAAAUGGCUACCGGCCGUCGACCAUGGGCGUCGCUAGACAACGAAUGGGCCAUCAUGUUCAACAUUGCCCAAGGAAACCCUCCGCAGCUCCCCACCCCUGACCAGCUGAGCCCACAGGGCAUCGACUUUCUUCAGAAAUGCUUCGAGAGGGAUCCCGUCAAGCGAGCUUCAGCUGCAGAACUCUUACAGCACGAGUGGAUCGUUGCAAUCAAAAGCCAGUGGAAUAUUGAACCACAAACUCCGCAGACGCCUGCAAGCGAGUCAAGCAGCUUCAGUACUGCAAGUGGUCGACAGAGCUAAAAUUUACUUUGAGUACAAUGAGGUUUGUGUUGUGAAGGAUAUCACGAAGUGCUUUUUUAAUACCAUUUUGAGUCAUUUUGGCGGACCUGAUAGUCUCGCUGUGUCUUGAGACGCAGUGUUAAGUUUUUUGUUCUGAUUCGUACGCUCCUGUGCGUCACCGAGGCAAUGAUUGUUGGGGCUGGGAUUUUAUCCUUAAUAUCAUAGCACACGGCACAGUACACAGCAUCAGCGAAUGGCGUUAUGGUCGUGAGGAUCUUUCUGUGACAAUGAAAGUGACUGCUUCUUACCAACUAUUGAUAUUGAAUUUACAAAUUUCGUUCCUUUAGA